AUGAGUGCUGUUACAGGCGAUUUGCAGGCUGACCUGGCCAAGCUGCAGAGCAGCAUCCAGGCACUCGACCCCGCAGAGAUGCAGGCCAACGUGGACAAGCUCGCCGAGCAGAUCCGUGCCCUCAAUGGCAAACUGCAGGCUGGCGUCAGUGCCCUGGGCAGCGCAACCCAGGCCGCAGCCGCUGCCCGCCCUCCCUCCGAGGCCCCCGGCCCUGUGCGCGAGCGCAUCAGCCAGAUGAGCAGUGAGGUGGUCGACAGCAACCCCUACAGCCGGUUGAUGGCGCUGCAGCGCAUGGGCAUCGUGAAGGACUAUGAACGCAUUCGCGACAAAACGGUGGGGGGCAAAGCAUGCCGCACCUCACCGGGUGGCGAUGGGGGCGGAGGGCUGGCGUAG